GGAUUCAAGCCUUGCCCCAGGACUGAGGAGUCAUCGUCUGAGAUGAGACCUUCCUAAUGUGCAUUGCUAAGCCAUGUUGGGGCGGGGGGUGGUCUUCUGUCUUCCAGUGUGUCACCAGUACAGAUGAAGCCCUCUUUACUGCUUCUGUGCCACCUCUGGCUGUUCAGCCUCGUGCCUCUCUUGCUGGCAUCAGACUCUACACAAGGCACCUCCAAUCUAACUUGUUGGUAUGACUCACGGGCGGCUCUGUUUUGCGCCUGGAACUCAGGCAGGGACCUUGCUGAAGCACCAUGCCACCUGGAAAUUUUAUCGAAGUUUGCUUUCUGCGACAGGCCAUAUUCUUUACCUGAAAAAUUCAAGGAGCACUGUGAAUUAUCCAAGGCAGAACACAUAACAGGGCUUAGGAGAUGCAUCAAGACCUUCAGCAAAAACAGUAAUACUCAAUGUUUCACCACUGCAGACUCUCUAACCAUAGCUGUACACUGCCAAAUUGGAGAAAAGAGAACUAUACUUGUGCAAAAGGAGAAUUUCAGACCACUUGAAAAUAUCAAGCUGAGGCCUCCAGGAAAUCUUCAACUCGUUAGGAACACUGAAAACACCUACAAUCUAACAUGGACCUUGAAUAUUUCCUCUCACUACUUAGAUGGUGCACGGGAAUAUCAAGUACGGUACCGAACCACGAGUCAGCCGUGGGAGGAGGCCAGGCUGUUCACCAUUUUACAGGACCAGAUGUGGGUAGUGUUCGAGAGCCUCUCCUCCAACCUGAAAUAUGAGGCAGCUGUCCGUGCAAAGCCAGGCACCUCAAGUCCCUACAAAGGCGUGUGGAGUGACUGGAGUGAGACAAUAUUGUGGAGGACACAUGCUGACCAAACAUCCCUCCCAGUCCUACCAGCUCUUAUUGUGAGUACUUGCAUCUUUGUGAUCAUCGGGACUGCCUUCCUUCUUAACUUGAAGACCCUGAAAUGGUUUAAGAAGAUGCUGAAGAUUCACAUCCCAGACCCUGAAAAGUUCUUUCCCCCACUCAUCACAGUUCAUGGAGGAGAUGUUCAGAAAUGGCUUUCCUCCCCAUUCUCCACAUCUUCCUACUGCGUGAGCAGCACAACCCCAGAGAUCUCCAUGCUUGAGGUGAUGCCGAAGAAAGAUCAGGAAUCUCAGUUUUUCCUUUCCAAAGACAUGCUGUCCUCCGAUCCUCCCUUAGAAACCAGUGGGCACUCUGUGUCCAGCUGCUUCACCAACCAAGGCUACUUCUUCUUUCACCUUCCCAACUCCUUUGAGAUUGAGCCCUGCCAGGUUUACUUCACCUACGAGCCUUUCUCCCAGGAGAACAGUGGCAGUGAGGACAGCAAGUCUUACCACACUCUGCCUUCCCCCAACCUCUGCACACUAGCAGAGGAUGUGCCUGUGUUGUCCCACAGCUUCCUCCAUUGCACCAAGGGGAUCCAGGGCUUCCAAAAUGGUUCCUUUGUGGAAGAGACAGAGGGUGAAGUCCAGCAGGCCAUGGCUAUUUCUCGGGCUCCCUCAUCAAUGGAAAGCACCUCGCCAACACCAGCUUUGAAGCAGGAUGAGGAGGUUACAGACAAAACAGCUUUACAGCCCUCUGAGACCCUGUGCCAGCUAGACGCAGUCUUUCCUGACCCACCAGACCUUCAUGAUAGCAAUACUAGUAAGGCCACAGAAAGGCAUGGGAAUGCAAGUCCUCCAAUUGAUUCCGACACUCCAGCAGCAUAUACUAGCUCUUCUUUUUGUCAGUCUACACCUCUGAGGCAAACCCAAGCUGAGGAUCCCUGCAGAACAGCCUUCUUCAGCCAGGUCCCAAACACUGGUGCCUACCUUUCUCUGAGGGACCUCCAAAGUCAAUACAGCCAUUGCUCUGUCUAGGAUCUGCCUGCAGAAACCCACAGGUGGGAAAGGCCUUUCCUGGAGGGAGGGCCAGAUGGACAACUUGUCUAUUUAAAGCAUGAUUGUGGCCUUUAAUGGGAAUGGAGGACAGGGUUAUUCUAGAAUGGUGCAAACCCAGAAAAGGAAUAAGCUAGAAGAGAUGUAAAUUCAUGGAUGGAUAUAUGAGUAGCACUUGUCUCCAGGGUAAAGCAGACCACAGGAAAUGAGAGGACCUUUUGCAUGGAGAACUUAGCUAAAAUAAAGAUAAAACUACACACAGAAAAUUAUGAAGAGGCAUUAAAAUUGUUCAGCGGCUACACAGCUAAUGGAGACAAAGAAACUGUAUUCCUAGGAAUAUAAGACAGCAAGGACUCACUUCUGUGACCAAGCCUGUUCCUCUGCUAUUACUGGAACCACUGGCAUAGAAAUAACUUCCCACACUGCUCAAGUGCCAUCCUAAAACUCAGCAGAUUGUUUUUUUUCCUGUCAGCUCCCAAUGGGAUGCUGUGCCAGCACUUCCAUGCUCUGCAUUUUGGUGUGAAAAUAGCACCCAGCUUUCAGGUUGAGCAGCCACAUGUUCCAUUUCCCUUGUCCCAGCCUAUAGGGUACACAAACCUCUACUGAGGAGGAGAAAUGCCUAAGGAGGUAGAUGUGAGAUUUUGUACAAGGGAUGGUGGCACUGUCAAUGAGUGCUGGGGCUGAUGAAAAAUUGGAUAAGGAUAUUUCCUCCUGACUGAUCAAGGGUGCUGUUUUUCUCUGUGGUCCCCCCACUUCAGGCUACUAGGGAUUACAUACUCAGUCACUUGGUCCAGCUUUAGAGUCAGAUCUUUAAGGUCAGCUUAGAGCCAAAAAUAUGCCAGCUGUUUAAGCAGUACAAUGUUGAAAUAAAUUCCCAUUAUCGGGUUAAAAAUACUGGGGAAAUCCCCUGCCCCUCCCAAGUCUAAUGAUGGCAGUAGAAAGAAUACACACAAUUUCCCACUCUUGCUGCAAUAUUUUUCAUGAAAUUGAAAGCCUCUUUGCCCUUCAGGCAAAAUACAGUUAUUUGACUACGAUAAGCUGAUUGCAGAAUAGCCCAUCCCACAUCCUGUAUUAGUGGAAAACAUUGCAGUGGUGCUGCCUAUUCCUUCCAUUGCUUAAAGGAAACCAUUGCCUAAUUAGCAACAAAGACUACGUGAAUGAGCCCAGAAAAGUAACUCACAAAUCAGUACCCUUGCUGAAAAGAAAACCUCAAUCUACUCACAAAAACUGGAGAUAGCAAUGACUACUCUUUUUUUUACUUUUUCCUCUACAUUUGCUGAUCUGUUGUUAGAAAUAGCAAAAUACCACAGAAUAAAGGUGGUGAGGUGAAGGAUGACAUUGUUCUUGUUCCAUUCAUCCUUACAUUCAUCACCUUUACUGUCUGUCUAUUUCCUUGUCAUAUUUCUUGACCAAUCAGAAGUGCGGAAAAUACCAAUCUUGCACUAAAGAUCUUUGUUCUUAGAGUUUUUAGAUCAAAAAAGUUCAAAGGUAUCAAACUUGUUGGUAUUUCUGUCAUCCCUCUGAGUUUCACCCAGAAAUAAUUCUUCCUGACCUCUGUCUAUAUAAGUGUUAAGUUUCCCUUUAUCCUAGUCCCACAUUGUUACAUGAUCUUGCAUUAAUGCAGCCUAAUUGUCAUUAUGAAUCCCAGAUAAUGGUGGCCACCCACUAGCUUGAAUUUCACCUCAGAAGAAACUAUUCAAAGAAGCUAGGCCUGAAUGUAGCUGAGAGGGCUAGGGAAGCUAUAUCCCUUUUCUCACCAGCUCUUGUGCCUACCUCAAGAUGUGAACUUCUCUAUCAUCUCCAGGAGACAGCAGGUGAAGUAGAGCUCUCAGUUUCCCAGAUAAGCAAGGGCAAGGCUUGCCAAGCUAUUUGCUGUGCCUUGUAAAGCCUCCCAGAUGUACCUCAUAAAGAGACACUGAAUCCCUCACCUCUGAUGGGAAAAUUAUGUGAAAAAAUGCUAUCUUACAUGGGCUGAUGAUCCUUGCUACACUGGGGUUCUCCUGUUCCUAUGUACAUCUUCAUAAGCUUCUCAAUUAUCCUUGCUGCUAAGAUGAAAAAAAGAGGAAAAAAAAAAACCAAAAAACAAAAAAACAAACCCCACUUUG